AUGGCGGAUGGGAUGGAACGCGAAGGUUCCUGCACCCCGCCACUUCCCGCGGUUGAGCUGACUUCGGCCGAGCUGGGAAAGUGCCGCCCGUCAACGGGGGCAGCAGCAAUGGCCGAAGGGACGGAGCAUGCCGGGAAAGAGUCACCCAUUACGACGUCAGCGAAGCAGUCGGCGGACGAAGGGACUGCAUUGGAAGAGCGAAAGCGCCGGAAGAGCGUCAGUCCCGUACCGAAGCAAUCGUCUGAGCAUUCGUCGAGCGAAAAGCACAACCAUAACGCAGUGGAGACGUCGAAUCAUGUUAAAGCCGGUGAAUCCGACAAGCGGAACUCCAAAGAGCUCGACAACGGUAAGGGGCAUCAGCGGAGUCGGCACCAUCAUCCGCGGCGGAAAUCGGGCACCCGUUCGAAGGAACGUUCGCCCUCCGAACGGGGCAGCAGCAAACGCAGAGAAAACCGUCGCGAUCGGUCCGAGGAAAGGUCACGUGCUAAACCCAACCGACGGUUCGGUGGACAGUUUCAGCAACGGGGACCGUUUCCGUUUCGCCAAAAGCGGUUCAUUGACCGCCGAGCGGCGGGAGGCAGCCUUUCGGAGCCCAAGCACACCAAGGCGAGCCCGGUGAUAACCUGGCGGGAGUGGAAUUUUGUUGAGCCACAGGAACAAAAGUCAGCGGUGGGUAAAACCGACUCGACGACGGUGCACCCGAUCACACCGGCCAUUGCCGCACUGCAGGAUUACGAUGCAAGCGAUGGGAGCUCCUCGUCGGAGAAAAGUGAUACCGAUUCGGCGAAACACAGUGGCCGGCGUAGUGAAAGUGUGGUGAUAGAUGUGAAAGGCCUGAAAGAAGAGCCCAAUCAGUGGAUAAAGGUGGACAAAGUGAAUUCGGCGUCAUCGACAUGUGGUGAGCCACUGAUUUUCGAUUGCAGCAUCGUCAAACGCGAGCCGGUAACAGAGGAGGACACGAUCGAUCAAACUAAACCGGCCGAAGAACUCAUGCACCUACCUCUCGCACCGUUAAAAGGCGUGAAGCCAAAAUUCAGUUGCUCCUUUCUCGAUGAUCUUUCGAGCGGCAAUAUGGUGCUGCUACCGAAACUAUCGCCCGAUACGAAAGAUCGGGCUGACAUAACACCACUUGUUGAUCGAAAUCGGAGGGGCGAAAGCCAAUCGCCCGAUACGGAUGAUUACGCCGACAAUUGGGAAACGGAGGGCAUGAGUCCACGCAAAAGUUCUCCCCCGUUGGACGAAGGUGCUACGCCGCCGCCGCCACCCGUCCAGCGAUCGUCACCGCCCGUGCUGGAGUUGCCAACCGACUGCGAUAAAGACGGAACUGCAUCCCCUCGGGACGAGUUGCUUGUUAAAAACAACGGAGCGGGUUCGCCGGCGGCCAUCGGUGACGAGAAACGGGCACACCUUAAACCACGCAGUUUUCACGAGGAAAUUAUUCCGCUUGACGAUCUGCUGAAUGUGCAGCACCAGCUGGCGUCGUACAAAUCAAGGCUUGAGAUGGCGGAACAGCUAAAAGCGGAACGGCUCAAAGUGGGAAUGUUGAAACUGUCGGACGGUGAGCGUGACUCAAUGGCCGCCGAGGAACCGGAAGAAUUGUCGGAGAAGCUGGCCGACGAGUACGCUAACUUUAUGCAGUCUCUCGGACAGACGGUGAUCGGGGACGAAGCACGGGACAGAAAACGGCGGAGAAGUUCCGACAGUUCGAGUAGCUCUUCAAGCAGCUCGUCGUCCAGCAGUUCCUCUUCGUCCGACUCGUCGGAUUCGUCGAGCUCUUCGGAUUCUUCCAGCUCCACUAGCAGCUCAUCCGACACCGAAGCGAGUUCCGACGAGGAACAGGAACUGGGAGCAAAUGUGAAGGAAGUGGAUCCGCUGAACGAGAUAGAAACAAUGUCCCCCGGCAAAGAAGAUGAACUGGACAUCGCAUUGUCGCGCAAUCGUCGAGAGCCGUCGCUGGGCAAGAGUGCGCUUGAAGAAUCGGUUGAACCACCACAUCAGCGACCCCCAUCGGAGGUGCUCACGUUGCCAGAUCAUCUGCUACCGAAAUCUCCGGCUCCAACCGUCGGUGGCAAUGUGCUUUCAUAUACAACACCAUCGAAGAUCUACAGCAUUCGUGACGAUUUCUUUGCCACCGACAGCAACGCCACGGAAUCGCCAUCAAAUGCGAACAAACCGCUCGAUCUCGACAGGGAACUGCCGAUCAAACUGAAGCUUCCCUCAAAGAAUCGCAUCAUGAUUCCGCUCACAGGUCGUCUGCUCGAUGAGGACACCGAAGCGCCUGCAGAAGAUCCCUCAGCAGUGGAACGGCGUGGGGAGGAGAAGGACUCCAGCUUGCCGCGAGAGCCACCGACGGGUCGUGACAAGCGGUCACCAGGUCGGCAUGAAAGCAAGCGUCGCUCCUCCUCACGCUCGCGUCGAUCAUCACGUGAUCGGCACUCACUCGAAAGUCCACGGCGCAGGUCACGCGAUCGUGACAAGCGUUCCUCGCGUAAAGAUCGCCAUUCGCCGCUCGAGCGAAAGGAACGCAGUCAGCGCCGGUUCUCCCGCAGCCCCGAUCGUGGUCGAAGAACACGCAGCCCACGUCAUCGACGACGUUCCGUGUCACGUUCGCGAUCACGUUCCCGCUCACGGUAUCGCAGCGCCAGUCCCCCACACUCUCAGCGCCGUCCACCGAGCCCGCGGGGUCGUGGUGGCAGCCCAAGCGAUCGCGAGUAUCGCGAUCCGCGCACUUCACGGAUGCCCCGGCGACGGUACUCCGUCGAUCGUGAGUGGUCACGCUCGCGAUCCUCUCGCUCUCCGUACGGUGGCGAUCGGCGGCGUCCUCCGUCACCGAAAGAUGCUCCACCGCCCGGCUUGGGCGUGGGGGAGAAUCAGAUCGAUAUCAUCACCAGCACGGGAGCGUCCCCGAAUGUCCACUCGCCGGUCACGGGCUACAAGAAGAGUCUGGCCGAUUCGACGAUCAGCGACGCGGAGUUGGAGAGUCAAAAGCGAAAACUGGGAAUCGAUCUGGCCUCCGGACAUCCUUAUGGGAUUUACUCGAAGCAUUACGGAGCCGCUGGUGGAUACUACGGGGCCAGCGAGUUGCUCCAUGAUCCGAGCGGCGCCAGUGGAGAUCGGCCCGGUCCGGACGGUGACGGUGAAUCGUCUCCGAAGCGCAUCUCGCUUGACGAUCGUAUCAACAGUGUGCUCGGUAUUAACGGGACAGUGGCACCGGAUGGAAAGCCGGGAUCGAAAGCUCAUCAUCAUCAUCAUCUGCACCACCACCAUCAUCAUCCACCGUCGGCACCGUACAGUGAUUACCCUCCGAGCCAUGACAUAUACCAGCGCGGACACCCUCCACCGGGUCACUAUCCGAUGGGGUACGGGCCGGGCAGCGAAUACGGUUCCGUCCCGUACGGUUACGGUGGUCCUCGCGGUCCGAUACCGACCGUACCGCCAACCUCAUCUUCAUCACCGGCGAUUAGCACACCCGGUUACUUUGGCCGGGGUCCUCCGCCAUCGUGGGCUCCGCCCCGUAGUCAUCCUUACCAGGGCUACCCGAUGGCCUUCAUUGGUCCGCCUCCGCGGACACCAAUGCUGCCGGGUGAACUGUACCGUUCCCCCUUGGUAGUGGGUGUCCCGCCGGCCACUCCUGAUGCCAGCAAGUCGCAGGUCAAGCAGGUGGGCAACGUGCUCGAAAUUGUCCCUUCGAAUACACUUCCACCUCUAGGAGGGCCCAGCUCGGAGAAGGGAGCCAUGGAACAAACGUCGGAGGCCGAUCAAUCGCUCGCCGGGGGCAACGAAACGAAGGCGACGAACGGAAGCGGUCCCUGCUCGGCCCUGGUGACACCAAAAAUCCACACCGCCGAGGAACUACAGCAGCGCCACGAGCGACGCCUCGAGUUGAUGAAGAAAAUCCGUGCCGAGCGGGAGAAGAAGCGCCAGGAGAAGCGUCAGCGCAAGGAACGGUUGCAGCUCGAAAUUAAGCGGCUGCUGGGCCCUAAGAUGGCCGGCGGCACCCCCAGUGGCGGCGGCGGCGAAAGCAGCACGAUCGGGGGUAGCGCAUCGUCUGACGAGGAGUUUGAAACGAUCAAACAGGCCGAUCUGCUGGCAUCGCUCAGCCGAUCGUACGAAAAAAGUAUUCUCAAAACCGCCAAACCCAACGCCGUCAUCAACAGUGGCCCCUCUGGCGUGAAGAAAUCCGUUCUCUUCGCCGACGGUGUCGCGCCGGGUGAUAACUCGUCCACGUCCGGCGAGGAUGAGACGAAGGAAAAGUCUCCCUCGCGGCUGGUGGCGGCCAAGCUGCGGAAGAAGGUGCGCCGCCAGCGGACGCUCAAGCUUUCCGGCAAAAAGCGGCUCAUCGAUCGCCUCAAGCUUCCGGACGAGGAACAGGAGCAAGAGGAGCUUGAUCCGGAGUUGGAAAAUCUUCCUCCACCACCACCGCCACCCGGGUCGCCACCACCAGAGCUUCAGCAACCGCGCUGCAUCAAUCCGCCGCCGGUGCGAAUGAUCGACUUCCGUGAAGGUUUCCACGGUGUAGCCGUUCCGCUACCCGUUCCGCCGGUAGCAUCGUUGGGACCACCGUCAAAUGGCCCACUCGCGGGCGGUGUUCCCGGGUCGGCCAUCCCACUGCCAGUACCGCCCGUACAGCUCCCGGUUCCGGGGCCCGUUCCUUCACCGCUCACCACCGGUUACCGGAACGUCGGCCUUGCGCCUCCGACCAACCACCAUCUGCUGCCUUCUCAUCUCGGACCACAGCCGCGACCGGUCUCACCUCACGCUAGCCUUCACCACGUACCACCACCGCACCUGUACCUCCAUCCUCCACUGCCCACAUCGCUUCCGGGUCCACAUCUGGUCAACCAUAGCCCGCUGCAGCCGCACCAUCACCUCCACCACCACCAUAACCACCACAACUAUCCUCCGCCACAGUCCCUACCGCCAACCUCCGUACCUCCGCCGGUGGUCAUUGCAUCGCCGUCCGCAUCGGCUUCAUCGUCGUCGGUUCUCAUCACGAUCAAUGCCGGCAAGAAGCGUAUAUCACCACCAGCCGCAACCGGAGGCACCGGCAGUGUCGCCCUCGGGAAUGGCAUCAACGCGAUCGAAGCGAUCGUUUCCAGCGCCCCACCGGUAGCCGUGGCCGUGAAUAGUGCCGCUGGUUACGACGUCGUCGGUGCUGGUGCGCCACCGUCAAUUUGAGACGAUCCGGCACGAACCGUCAUGCUGUAGCUGCCUUAGCUGCUGCUGCUGCUGGACGGGAAAACUCUCCGGAGUCAUCCGGCGGAGAGAUGUUUCGUAGUAGCAUUUAGGGAUCCGGCGACGCGAGGAACGAAAAUGUCCCGACUAUCGUGUCCUCUUGAUUCCUUUUUCUGUUGCGCUUCUAGGUCAAUAGGGACAACUUUAGCUUCAGCUUCAGCGAUCGGCGGAAUGUGUGGUGAUCGAUCACAGUGUGUAUGGGCGCAUUUUACGGAUGUACCGAGUGCUCGGGCGAAUAACAUUUAAUUUAAGUUUAUUUUCUAACCUUUUCAAAUAAGUAAACCAAUAGCGAACCCCCCCAAGCAUUAGUUGACUGAGUGUAAAAACGGAAAGGAACUGAAGGGGGGACAACAUUUGAGUGUAAAGAACAGAGGGAAUACUAGUGACGUUCAAGUUUCCCCAGGGUCGUGUAAUAAGUCCACAGUCACGAGAAUUUGUUUUCUUUCUAUUUUAACAACCUUACGCUAGUUAGCAACGGUUUGAACCUGUUUCGCAUAUUUCCUCUACCUUCUGUCUGUCUGCAUCAUCGAGGGGGAAGCUCAGUCGACGGUCAGACGACCCUGUAGUCCCCGCAGACGCAGAUGGUGCAAUGGAAGUGUAGCAUAGUUUAACAUACAACCGUGUA